AGAAACAACAACCAAGAAGUUCUUGACCGAGGAAAAUUAUUUAAGCAACUCCAAGAAAUUAAUCCCUUUUUAACUAAUAAUGUAAUCGACCAGGUUAUUGAAAAAUUACUUGACCCUCACCUUGAAAAUCAACAGUUUUUGAAUUAUCUUCGCUCUGGAAUAACCAUUCAUACUAAUGGAGAACAUAAAAUAAAAGAAGGAAUAGUGGCUCACACCACCGGCAGUGGCAAAUCUGAUACCAUGGUGUUCUUAACCAAAAAAUUACGUCAAGAAUAUCAACAGUGCACCAUAAUUGUCAUCACUGACCGGCAAGAAUUAGACCUCCAAUUGCUAGACCGAUUUCAAGAUUAUGAAGAUGUUUUUUUUACCCCCCAAGAGUUUAUUGUCAUUACUAGCAUAAGGGAUUUAAGGGAAAAUUUGGCCAAACCCAACUUAGGAAAAAUAAUCUUUGUUUUGAUUCAAAAAUUUCAAAUUCGAGAAUUUCAAGCACUACCAACCUUUUCCAACUCAAAAGGAUUAUUUAUUUUUAUCGAUGAAUAUCACCGUUCUCAAAACUUAGAAAUCGGAGAGGAAGACAAUUUAAGUUGGGCUUUAGAAAUGCGUAAAACUUUACCCGAAGCCUUUUUGUUUGGGUUUACGGCUACUCCUAAAGAAGAAACCUAUCCAAAUAUAAUCCAUAGUUAUUCGAUGGAUGAUGCUUUACAGGAUGAAGUUAUCGUCAGGAUAGUUUAUGAAAUUUACCAAUAUUUAGACUUAAAUAAAAUUAAAAAAAAUUCUUUUCAUUUGAAAAGCGUUUUACCAAGUUUACAAACUAAGGGGGAAUUUUUUAAAAAAGAUUACGAAAAUUUUUCCCUCAAUAAUCGACUAAACAGUCAAAAACCAAAAGUAAUGUAUAUUGCUCAAAGUAUUCCUGCUGCCCGCGAAUUUUAUCAAUAUCUAUCCCAAGACCCUCAAUUUCAAAAUAAUGUUUGUUUAAUUACUAGUGCCCAGGAGGAAAAAGAAGAAAAAGAUAGUAUUCACCAGUUUAAAAAUACUCCUGAGGUUAAUAUUGCUAUUGUGGUCGAUAAACUAACCACUGGUUUUAAUUUGGAAAGUUUACAAAGAAUUUAUUUGGACCAGAAAAUUAAUUCUCCGCAUCGCCUUUUUCAAAAAAUUUCCCGAGUCAAUCGAAAACAUCCUCAUAAAGAUUGGGGUUUUGUGAUUGACUUGGCUGAUAACAAAGAAGUUUUAGAAGAAACCUUAGCAAAAUAUGUCGGAAAAAGUGGUGGGAUUAUCAAAACCGAUCCACCACAACUUCAACCUUUUUGA